AUGAAUAUAUCUAUUUUGUUGAGGCAUUCAGGAAUUUGGGCAAGCGAAGUUAAUUAUGAAGGAUACAAAAGUGAUGGAAUUGUUGUUGGACAAUCAAUUUCAUUUAUGAAUCUCAAGGCAGCCAUUAUAGCCGAGUUAGAGAUCGAUGAGGUAAGAAAAAAUAUUGAAAUUCGAUAUAUCGUAGAAGGUCAAUUGUAUAAGGAUAAAGCAACACUGAUAGAUGUGAUGGCCAAAUAUAAAAUAAAGAAAAACUUCAAUUGCAAAGUAAAAAGAUCUGAUAGACAAAGCUAUGUGUUGGUGUGCUUUUCGAUUGAAUGUGGUUGGACUAUGAAGGCUUCAUGCAGGAAAAAUUCUGAUGUUUUCAAAGUAAGAUACUUUAAUAGUGAACAUACAUGUCCAGUGCGUGAUAGGAUACUAACCAAAGUCCAAGCAACAGUUAGGUUUGUUAGUGGUGUGACUGUUCCUAAAUUGGUCAAUCAUAAAAGAAUUCAUACUCCAAAAGAUAUAAUUGAUGAUAUUAGAGAAUUCUAUGGGGUUCAAAUAUCUUACCAGCAAGCAUGGCGUGCUAAAGAACGUGCACUAGAAAUGCUAAGGGGUAAACCAUCAGAUGGAUAUAAGAAGUUGUCGAGAUACAUAUACAUGUUAAAUAAUGUGUAUCCAAAUUCUUAUAUAAGGAUGCACAAGUCAGUGGAAGAUGAAUUCAUGUAUCUGUUCAUAGCCUUAAGACCAUUGAUGAGGGGGUUCGAUUACUGCAGACCGGUAGUUGUUGUCGAUGGUGCACAUCUUGGUGGAGCUUACAAAGGUACAUUUUUAUCAGCAAGCACACUUGAUGGGGCAGGUUGCAUAUUGCCAUUGGCAUAUGGGGUUGUAGAUACUGAAAAUGACUGUUCGUGGACAUGGUUCUUCGAACAAUUCAAAAAUGCAUUUGGCGAGUGUGAAAAAAUGUGUGUUGUUUCUGAUAGAAAUGAGAGUAUUAUGAAGAGUGUAAGAAUUGUGUUCCCAACUGUACCUCACUAUGCAUGCAUAUGGCAUCUUUGGAAGAAUGUUUGUGGAAACUUUAAAAGGAGCAGAAACACUAUAAGUGAUCUAUUCUACUCUAUGGCCAAGGCAUAUAGAAAGGAGGAUUUUGAUACAUUAAUGGCUAAGGUGGAUAAAGUUGACCACAAGGUUAAGGAGUACCUUGAGGAUGCUGGGUAUGAGAAGUGGUCGAGAGUUCAUUCAACAGUAAAUAGAGGUAGAAUGAUGACUUCGAACAUAGCAGAAUGUAUCAAUGGCUGUCUUGUUGAGGCGCGUCAGUUGUCUAUAUUAGAAUUCUUAGAAGAAGUUAGAAUUCUAUUUGGUUCUUGGCAUCGCAAAAAUAGAGAAAUAGCCUCUUAUACAAAAGAUACAUUGGGGAGAAAAUUUGAGGAGAUAUUGAUUAUAAACGCAUCUAAAUAUUCGAAGAUGAAGGUAUGUAUCGUUGUUCCAUCAUCUGAAUUUAUUUUCUCAGUUUAUGAAGCUGGAAGAAGAUACAUUGUUUGUCUUGAGAGGAAAGAAUGUACUUGUGGCAGAUUUCAACUAGAUGAGAUACCUUGUGCACAUGCAAUUGCUGUUUUAAAGGACAAGAAUGUCACAGAUGUGCAUCCUUAUUGCUCUGAUUACUACAAGCCUGAUACAUUAGUAAAAACAUAUGAGGUUCCAAUGGUUCCAAUGCCAGAUAAAGAAGAUUGGUCGGUUCCUAGCAAUGUUGUAGAUGAAACUGUGUGGCCACCUAGAUAUAAAAGAUUGGCUGGACGACCAAGGAAAAGAAGAAAAAAAAAUGCAGAUGAAAAGAUAAUAGUAAAAAUAAAUUGUUGUGGACGCUGUGGUCAAGAAGGUCACAACAAAAGAACUUGUACUUUCUUCCCAAAAGAAAAGUGA